ACACACACACUACACACACACACACACACACACACGUGUUUCCAGUUUUUUGAAGCAGAUGUGAAGCAGAUGAGUUUCAUGCAGGAAUGAACAGAGCAUGAUAGGAAUUCAGUCUCGAAAAACUACGUAGAAACCAACAGUCGUGCGACGCAGCAUCCAGCCUAAACCAUCAUCACCAUGUCUGAUCAAGGUGCCACCCCGACUCCUUCUCCUGCUCCCCCUGCUCCCACGGGACCCCCUCCGAAGGUGACGAACCGCGGCCGCACCGCAGUUUCCAUCUCCAGCUCCAACUCUGACUCAAUAGACGUACCUGAGUUUGAGCCCUUUGGUUUACCGGGCCCAAGAGGAUUCCCACCUAUGACUGAGUAUCUUGACAUCUGUGAUGUGGACAUGAUGAAGAGCCCCGAAGAGCUGAACAAGAGGCAACACCACACCGAGUUGUUCAACUCGGACUAUCUCAUUGUCCGUCGAGGACAAGAGUUCCAGGUCAAGAUCACCUUCAACCGUCCCUACAAUCCUGCUACAGACAAGUUCGCUGUGGAGUUUGUCAUCGGCUCCAGCCCGCAGUUCAGCAAAGGCACCUACAUUCCUGUCUUCACUGCCAAGGAGCGUCCGAGCCCCUGGGAAGGCCGCAUCACAGACACCGCCGACAACACAGUCACCAUGGGCAUAACUCCUGCGGCAGAUUGUGUUGUGGGGAAGUACCACAUGUACGUAGCUGUGGUGACGCCCUUCGGCAUCCGCAGGACCAGACGGGACACCAGCCGAGACCUCUACAUCCUCUUCAAUCCCUGGGUGUCAGCUGAUGCUGUGUUUCUGGAUGAUGAGGAAGAGAGGCAAGAGUGUGUGAUGACUGAGAUGGGGAUCAUCUACCACGGCGCCUACGACGACGUGGCUGAGAGAGACUGGAACUAUGGACAGUUUAACUACGGAGUCCUGGAUGCCUGUCUCUACAUCAUGGACCGGUCUGAAAUGCCCAUCAUCAACAGAGGAGACCCCAUUAGGGUGACCAGAAAGGCCUCUGCUAUGCUGAACUCUCGUGAUGACGACGGCGUGCUGGUGGGGAACUGGAGCGGCGACUACACCUACGGAGUGGCGCCUACUUCGUGGACUGGCAGCACAGACAUCCUGCUUAGCUACGCCAGCAGCAAGAUGCCUGUCUGCUACGCUCAGUGCUGGGUCUACGCUGCUGUCUUUAACACCUUCCUGCGCUGUCUGGGCAUCCCAUCGCGGGUCGUCACCAACUUCUACUCCGCUCACGACAACGAUGGAAACCUGAAGACCGACAUCAUUCUGGAUGAGAACGGCAGGGUCGACCGCGGUCGCACCAAAGACUCUAUCUGGAACUAUCACUGCUGGAAUGAGUGCUACAUGUCCAGACCAGACCUCCCGCCUGGCUUUGGAGGCUGGCAGGUUGUGGAUGCAACACCACAGGAGACCAGCGAUGGCAUGUACAGAUGUGGCCCUGCAUCAGUUAAGGCCAUAAAACAUGGGCAGAUAUGCUUUCCAUUUGAUGCUGCCUUUGUGUUUGCUGAGGUUAACAGUGAUGUGGUGUUUUAUUCCCGGAGUAAAGAUGGGACCAUGGAGCCUGUCAAAGUGAACCGGACUCAUGUUGGCCGCAUGGUUGUGACCAAAACUCCAGGAGACGUGACCCGCCGCGACAUCAGCGAUCAAUACAAGUUCCCUGAAGGCAGUACAGAGGAGCGGACCGUCCUGGAGAAAGCAGAAGAAUACGGCUGUCAGCGAGAGAAAUCCAACCCUCCUGUGGCGGAUGUUGACCUGGUCUUGCCCACCCUGGAGAUCGGCGUGGGCGAAAAUUUCGAGUUGAGCCUGGAGUUCAUAAACCGCAGCACCCAGCGCCGCACCGUGGACGCCUACAUCAGCGGGAGUGUGGUGUAUUACACCGGAGUCACCAGCCACGAGUUCCUGUUCCGGAAUCCCACAGUGACCAUUGGUCCCAACAAAAGUGUGAAGGAGUCUGUGAUGGUUGAGUCUAAGAACUACAUGAAGCAUCUGGUGGAACAGGCCAACCUUCACUUCAUUGCUACCGGGAAGGUCAAGGAGACCGGCCAGAUCGUCACCGCCAUGAAAGUCGUCACCCUGCACAAUCCCAAACUCACCGUCACGGUGUCUGAUGGCGGCAAAGUUAGCGAAGAGAUGACGGCGACUGUGGAGUUUACAAACCCUUUCACCUUCAGCCUGGAGGGUGUCUACAUUCGCAUGGAAGGACCCGGACUCAUGCUGCCCAAAUCCAAAUAUUACAGUCUGAUCCCAGGAAGCUCCUCCCUGACCUGGACCGAGUUUUUCACCCCUCAGAGGGCUGGCAAAAGCAGGGUGAUUGCUUCUCUGGACUGUUCUGCUGUCAGGCAGGUCUCCGGCCAGGCGUCCGUCACCAUCGAGCCCUGAGGAUCACUGUAGGAUCACUGACGCCUGACAACAUUCACUUAUUUACACAGUAUAAGCCUAUAGCGUAGUUAUUUCCCUGCAGGUUUACAACAGCGUAACAGGUGUAGCUUCAGCAUUUACUUUACAUAUAUUUUUAAUAGAAAAUAGUUCAUUUUUAAAAUUGCAAUUUGUUUAAAAAAAGAUGCUAAUCUAGACAUUUGGGUCCCAAAUCAAAUAAUUUGACAGUUAAAGCUACAGUGCGUAGUUUCUGUCUCCUCCAUGAGGAAUUCUAAGUAAUGACAACAACACUGUCUGCAAAUCAACAUGAAACAAGCCUUCCACGAUGACACACGCACCCCCACCCAUCCUCGAUGCAGUUGCCUACAGCCAAAGACGACACAGAGGAUUAAAAAAACAUGAUGGACUCUUCAGAGGUAGUUAUUUUCACUCGAGUUUCUGCACGGGAAAGUCACCGGACGACACAAUCUUCUGAACACAGCCAUACUGAGAAAUACAGAGAGAGUUGUGUGGAGCUGGUAGUCUUAAUCAGCUUUGUAGCAACUCAUUUGGCAAUGGCAUGAAUGUAACGGACGUUAAUUAAUGUAAAAAAGUUACGCAUUAAAGUUUUAAAGGGCAACUAAAAUAGACAACAAAAAUUAAAAAAAAAUUGGGUAAGAAAUCUAUUAUUGCAACUAAAGUGUAUUUCUCAAAAUUCCAAAGGUUAAUUAAUUUAAGCACAGAGUGAACAUAUCUGUCUCCAAAAUUUCUCCCUUUAGAGCUGCAAUGGUCAAUUUUUUGCCAUUCGGAAUUCUUUGUGGUUAUGAAAGAUUAGCAACCUAUUUCAUGCUAUUUUUCAUUUAAUAAACUAAAUAUUGAUUAAUGCAGCGCCAACUUAAUUUUGAAAAUGUAUUCCAACUAUGCAACUAUUAAACCGGAGUAUCAAUUUCCUUGAGUGCCAUAAAGAGCUUUUUCCACCUCUUUA